AUGGAGCGGUCAAAGGACGUCGAGACAUUUUCCAACUUCCUCAUGAUGAGCGUACAGCUGGCAAGCUGGUUUGCCAAGUACCAGUUCGUCAUUGUUCCCGUGGACCCCCUGAAAAUGGCCACCAUUACCAGAUGGAAGGCCAUGAACCCAAGGUGUGGGAGCAUCUUGAGGGGCGCGAACUGGUUUUUUUUGAACCAACGUCGCCCAGAAGCACGGUUCUUGUUUUUCAGAUUUAUCGCCCUCAUCCGAAUCAGGGAGCUCAACAAGAAGGGCUGGGAAGAGGUCUGGGCCAAGUACUACGGGUACAAGCCUUUCGCAACCCCAGGAAAGUACUUCCUACAACGAACUGGAAGGCUGCUGGCCCUGGCCGCGGCACACAGCGAGAUUAUCGCCCCUGAGGAGAUCGAACGACUUCUCCUAUUAACCGAAGUGGAAGGGAUCCCGCGGAUCCAAAUCCCAGAAGAGGACAUGCAAAGGGUAAAAGAGGAAGUCGUCGCUAAGAUUGCGUCACAUGACACAAUUAAGGACGAGGAGGAGGAUGGGGAGGAGGGGUAA